AUGUCCGCCUUAACCUGCCACUACACAACCUUCAACUGCGCCCGCACACCCAUCAACAUCGACCACUUCGCCUCCGCCCUCUUCAACGACCUCAAAACCAACCUCCCACCCGAUCUUGUCGUCCUGUCACUCCAAGAAAUCGCACCGCUGGGCUAUAGCUUCAUAGGCGGCUCGCUGCUUACACCGUACUUAUCGCGCUUCACGACCGCCGUCAAUGCUGCUGCGACGAACCGCUUCGAACACGAGGGUGGUUACGAGAGGGUUGUGGAGACGAAUGCGGGUAUGACGGCGCUGUUGAUAUUCGCACGAGCGGAGACUGCGAGGAGGGUACGGUGGGUCGAGACCGCCGGGGUAGGGGUGGGUGUACUGGACAUGGGGAACAAGGGCGCUGCGGCUGCCAGGAUUGGGUUAGAAGGGGACGGAGAGGAAGACGUGGUGUUGACGUUUGCGGCGGUGCAUCUGGCGCCGCAUGAGUGGGGCUGGGAGCAGAGGAAUAGGGAUUGGAGGAGCAUUUGUGAGGGGCUUGUGUUUGAGAGGGACGAACAGGCGAGGGGGCGGGAGGGCAAGCAGGGGGAUGCGCCGGAGUCUGAGCCCUUGCUGGAGUCCCGUGAAGACGACAUGCGAAGCGUGCAGGGCAGCCUCUUCUCGCCUGUAUCGUACGUUUUCUUCGGCGGAGAUCUGAACUACAGGACCUCGGACACGGCGCCAGAUCCAGAAGGACACAAGAAAUGGCCGCAACUAGCAAUCUCAAGGUCGGAUACCCAAGACUACAGCGCGCUGUUCGCAAGAGACCAGCUCACUCGCGAGAAGAAAGCAGGCAAGACAUUGCACAACAUGGCUGAAGCGGAGAUCAACUUUCCUCCAACCUACAAGUACUCGAGCGCAGCGCAGAAGGCGGCAGCAGAAGACACAGCAAGCGAUUCAUCUGGGGUCGGCCAGACAUGGGCUAAGCAUAGGGUGCCUUCGUGGUGCGAUCGGAUCCUAUACCUGGCAGCGGCUUCACUUCAGAUCUUCUCAUAUGAUGCUGGGCCAUUACAACCUACCAGCGACCAUCGACCAGUCUCGCUGUCGUUCACCAUACCCACAGGGCCACUGGGCUCGACGGAGGCAGAUGUGAAGUCGCCGUUCUCGGUCCGACAAGACUGGAAAGAAGCCCGAGCAGCAGCACAACGCUACGAGCUCAUCGUCGGCGUUGCAGCAUACCUCGCCCUCACAUGGGAAGGCGAAGCCCUCCUUGCCGGCUCCGUCGUGGGGAUCAUCGGCGGCUAUCUCGCACUACGAGCCAUGCUCGGCACUUGA